GCCACUCCGGAUCGGGCUGGCGGGACCUGCUUUGCGCAAGGCGCCGCGGAGCGCGGAAACCGGAGCCGGCGGCGGCUGCUGCUGCUGCUGAACCGGAGUGCGGGGCAGCGGCGGGCAGAGGAGCGACUCCGGAUUGAGGGCCGGUCGCAGCGGGCGCGCUUGAAUCCCCCGGUUCGGUCCGGCCCGGCGCGCCGCCUUUGCAACUCUCGUCCGGGCGCAGCGCCGUCCGUCCGGCAGGAAGAUGCGGCGGCGGCGAGGGCGAGAGCCGCCGCGGGAGCCGGAGAUCAUCCAGAGUGACUGUUUGGUUUCCUGUCCAAGCAUGGCGGCCAGAUAGCGUGUACAAUGGCAGAGAAGCGCCUCUUGGAAGUGGUGAGUGCCAUGAGUUACAGCAAGUUCCCUCGACUGGAGGUGGAACCAACCCACGUCCACCCAGUGGGCUUUUGCAGGGCGAGCAGGCUGCCUGACCUCACCAUGGAAGACCAUUACGGUUACAAAGGCUCCUAUUUUACUUACCCACUGCAGUGCCACGAAGGGCCCAAAGCUUUGGCUCACUGGUCUGCUGCCGAGACCUACGGCCCUUGCCCUGGAGGCACGCCUGGCCAGUCUCCAAGGACUGAGAAAGUGACGUACAAGCCAGAAACCGAAGGCCUGGAGGCCCGACAGAGAGUCCCAGGCUCCGAGAAGAUUGGUGAAUGUGUCGCCCGAGAGCGGUGGGCCAGCUACGUGGGCCAUGCAGGCGUCAUUCAGCAAGGCUGGAUACAGGGGUACCCAGCCCAACAGCUCCCUCCAGCUCCUGCGGUUUGCACCACCUUGGCAGCCCCCAAACCGGUUUACCGAAGCCACCCUUAUGGGGCGGAAUCUGGCUACUCCCCAAGAAGCUGCCUUGCCUUGCGAAUGCAGAUGGAAAACCUCUCAAAGCGUCUCGAAUGGCCUCCCCCUCCCUCGGUUUUGCCCACCACGGGCACUGAGAGUCGUGGUUACAGCACAGCCGGGCCCAAGAAAGCCUUGGCGGCUGACGCUGGUGCCUUGCAGUUCCAGCAGGGGUCCAAAGAGGGCACUGCCCAUUCUGCUGGCUUCGUGCCUUACCAUAAGGUGUUUGAGAAAUGCCAGGGGACGCAGGGAGCCUCUUCCCUGGAUGUCAGCUACCCAGCUGUAUGCCAGAAAAGCAUCCCGGAGACCCCAGGUAGCAAUCCCAGCAAACACACAUGGUCCAGGCUUCCUCCUCCUGCUCCUCCUCCUCCUUCCAGCUUGCUAGUGAAUCCCCAGGAUCUGGCAUAUCAGGAGAGAUCACCCAGAUGCUACCCCCUGGGAUCCUAUGCCCUUGCCUCUCAUGAACAGAUGUUGUUGUAUCACCAGAGCUACAUGCAAGCAGAAAAGUCAAACUCGGUCUUUGCUGUGGCGGCCUGCAAAGGUUUUGGGUCUCCAAGCAGUGAAGAUGGCCAGCCGUUCCCCGGGUCAUAUUUUCAGCAAACCUCUCGCAGCUACUAUCCUGGUCAUCUGCAGGGCUAUCUCUACCAGGCUGUUGGCCCGUCUCCAAUGACCCCCCCUGAGCUUCACCCUUCAAGGGAACACGAGCACCCACAGAACUCAACGACCAAGGGGGACUUUGCCCCAAAGACUCCUGUUUCUGCCUGUGCUCUGCCUGAAAAGGCUCCCCCAGCUUGUAGUCCUUGGCGCAGCCAAGGUGGUCUUCCGGACUGGUGCGAGAGCAGCUGCGUUGCAAGAGAAGCCAGCACAAAUUCUGGUCUGCAGCCUUUCUGCCAAGUAGACCGGCUGUCUCAUUGCUCCAGCAGAGUUGGAAAGAUGCAGGAAAGUGGCUGCAAGGAGGAUCUUUGCCCACCAGAAAAAGUGACUGUGGGGGAAGAGGAAUCUUCUGAGACACAUAAAAAAUUCUCUUUAACCUCUGAAUCUUGGAAGAGGAACACCAGCGCCCACAACGAUGAAGCAGGAGCCCGCAUAGUUAUUUCCGAUAGCCCGAUUAUCUCCCAAAAUUCCUGCUCCAAACACGACCUGCCCAAAAAUGUUCUCAAGGCUUCUAACAUCCAGUGUAUAUCUAAUGUACAGUGGUCUCCGGAGGAACAACCAAAGGGUGUUCAUAAACAGCGUGAAGGUUCCUCAACGUCAUCUUCUCCUCCUAUGCCAGUUAUCAAUAAUGUUUUCAGCCUGGCUCCAUACCAAGCAUACUUAGAAGGUUCUGCUGAUUUGGUGGAACUGGACGCCUCUAAAAGUUGCCAAGCUGAGGAGCUGUCGCCCAGGAGCAGAGGCAAGAGCGUGGAAGAUGAAGGUCUCCCUUGGGCAGCCUCUAAAAGAUUGACCGAAGAGUCUAGGGUGGAUCUGCCUGGGGGGAAAGAAGCCGUCUGCAAUGCAGUAACAAAAGUUGGAGAUGCAGGCAUGAGUAAGAAUAGUGUCCAGUUAGAGCGAGGGAGUGGAGAUUAUGCUGGGCCUUGGGAAAACUUCAAGGUCAAGCUUUUGAAUCCAAACGAUCCUGUGUCUUGCCAGCUGUCCCCUGCCAGUUGUUCCAAUGGUAGACUUGAGAGACUUGCUGAAGAAGACCAUGUGUUAGAUCUCAGCUUUAAAAUGGAAGGCCUGGCAGAGGGACCUGGUCUUCAGCAGCUGCCCAAGAAACCUGAGGCUCCAGACAGUGGUUCAAAGAUCAAAGGUGAAGUGAAAGAGAGACCAGCCCACAGCCAGGAGACCAUCUCAGAGCUAAGCAGAGAAGCCUUGGUGUUACCUGUCAGCAGUGGCUCUAGGGGUAGCAGACAUUUCCACAGCUCUGCGGCAUUUCUUUUCAAGAAAUUCAGAAUCCUUAAAACACAUGCGGCAGAGGCUGGCUGCGGGGCCAAGGAUGUCUCUCUUCAAAGAGGUUCUGACUCACAAGUAACUCAGCAAAAUGCCCCCUUGGUUGGGUCCAGCCUUCACCAAGCUGUGACUCCAUUUGAAAUGCCGAUUUUGCAGAACAAAUGCCUUAAUGCUCAACUGCCAGAUGCUUCAGUACCCUUGCCUCCUAGUGCCCCUCCUGGCUCCCCUGUGCUUAGAGAGGCCCAAGUUCUGGAUCCCGCCACCGGAAAGCCUCUUGAUCAGCAAAAUUCACCCAGGCAGUAUUUCACUGCUUUGCACACCUCUGUUUGCACCAGAAUUUCUUCUUCGGUGUCUACCUCCUUCCCUGAUCAACUCAAGGAAUGGUUGGAGAUGGCCGAGUCCACUGUGGAGCUGCAAGAGAAGACAGUCAGUUCCACCAAGCCCAAAAAUGCCCCAAAGGUCUCUGAAGCUCCCAAACCCUCUUGGGGCAAAGAGAUCUGGUUGGCCUUUAAGGAUGUAGCAGUGCUUGUCAGGAAGUUGCUAUCUCAGCUGGAGACAUUCUUGUUCACUCACAAGUGCCCCUUUCCUCAUGUGAUUCGAGCCGGCACCACCUUCAUCCCUAUUCAUGUGGUGAAAGAGGAACUGUUCCCCAACCUUUCUGGUGUGUCGGUUGACCAUGUCUUGCAGGACCACAAGGUAGAGCUGCGUCCUACCACCUUGUCUGAAGAGAAGGCGUUGAGGGACUUGGACCUCAAGAGCUGCACUUCUCGGAUGUUGAAGCUGCUGGCAUUGAAACAGCUGCCAGACAUUUACCCCGACCUCUUGAACCUCCACUGGCAUGAGUGCGUCAAGCAGCAGCUUGGGGAUCCUGUGAGGGAGAUCCCAAACACUGAUGUUGAGGCUUUAGGAACGGAUGCAGCCACAGAGUCCCUUGGCCAGGACUCCAGAGGGAAGAGUACCAAAGGCAAAGCAUGUGGAUUGGCAGCCUGUCUUGGGACUACAUGCCAACCAGUAGAUAAAGAAACCCUUCUCAGUUGUUCCUCACCUUCCCUCCAACAUGAUUGUAAGCUAAAGGGGAUGAAGGCGCUUCCUAAGGAAGACGCAGCCUUGGAGACCAAGGGAUUCAUUCUUUGCUCUGGUGCUAAGAGGCCAUCCCAACGCCCAAGGACUCUUGAGCUUAAACUGACUGCUAAGGUUGCUAGGAGGACAACCAGGACCUCAAAGAUCCUUCACCUCCAGAAGUCUGUGGUUCACAUCCAGUUCCAGAACGCUCUUCAGGAUAUUCAAGGACCUCAAGUUCUUGGUUCUUCAAGGAAAAGAAAGCAAGUGCCACCACCACUCCUCCUGAAGCGUUUCAAGCGGCGGAGAUGCAGUAGUGCCAGGGUCUCUGCCUUGCCCUCCGAGUAUCCAGAACUUGUUGGGAAGAGAAUCCGGCACUUGUACGAGGAGAAGGACAAGACGGAGGCCUGGUAUCAGGGGGUGGUGCUUCGCAUUCACAAACACCACAAAAACCCUUUGAAGACGGUUUAUGAGGUGAAGUACGACAGUGAGCCAGAGUGGCAAUAUUACCUCGAGAUUCUGCAGGAUUACAAGAAAGGUUGGGUGAAGCUGGAUGAAUGAGAGUUGGGUGUGCAUGUGUGCGAAAGAGAGGGAAGAGGGGCAGUUUGGUUCAUCCUGCUGUUGGAACACAGUUGAAAAUACAAACAUGUUUCGAGGUUAAGACUGUUUGGCACAGGCUUAAUCAUGACACGCUUUGGAUGAAGGUGACCUUGGCCUGAUAGUCCUCUUGUGGUGCUCAACACCUCAGGGCUCCAUGUCAUGUCCAGAAACCCCACCACCCAUGAGUCGCUUCCAGGUUACUGUUUGAACCAGAGCUGGGUUUACAAAAUGGCUUCCUGUUGUCCCAGCUGACCCCAGAGGUGAAAUAUGAAUCUUACUGUAUACUUUACACAUCUUCUACAUGGGUGGAGCUCUGAGGACAUCCCAGGAAAUUUCCCUGAUGGGGAAAUUUCCUCUAUCCUUGGUUCUGGCUUGUUACAACAGGUGUGAGUAGUGGGUGUGCUGAGUUCCCAGAACGCUUUGUCUGGGGCUAUUGUGGGAAACCCAGGGGAUGGCUACUGAUAGCUGCUGGUCCUGCUUGGAACACGGAGGGGGACCCUGGGCAGGUGGCUGAUGAUCACCCUGAGAAGUUCCAGCCCUUCAUUUUUGACCAAAGCAACCUCACUGGAGUAGCCAUGUCUGCAGAAAAGCAGUGGUGCGCACACAAUGGAGGUAGCAUCUGUUGUUCCCAGGCCAUGCUGCUGGCAUGUUACUUUUACCCAGCUGUGUCUGUACAGCUCCUUCAGGAAGAGGAUCCUUGAGGAACAUCAGAACUGCUUGUCCUGCGGUUGAACGUAGUCUGUCCUCUUGUUGGCCCUCCCAGGUGAACCAGACAGGAAACAUGGCCAGAUGAGCUAAUUCUACUUUAUUGUAAGGCUACCUUAACAGAAUCUUGCAAGUCUGAAAGUACAGAUCUCCUGCCGUCCCUUUUGACAGCCUGAUCUUUUGGGGUGGAUCCUUCCUAAGUUCCUUUCUCUGACCAUUAUGCAGCUCUGGACUCCUCCCUCUUUUAUCUGAUCGUUCUCUAGGCAGCAUCUCUUCCCCUGGUCCCUGAUGGUCAUUCCCGCAUACCAUCACACUUGUAAGUCUCUGCACUUGUUAGGUUCUUGAGUUGACCCUGCUAGAAGAAGGCAACUAUUGGGGAGCCACAAAUAUCUUUCCAAGGCUUCUCUUGACUGAACCUCCCGCGGGUGUAGUGACUUCCAGAUCCUCCGAUGUUUUCCAGUUGCACUCGAUAGAUUUUAGCCACAUCAUAGUGCAUGUAUCAUGCUUUGUGAUAGGGAAUUGCACCCGCCUACUGCGUGGUCCAAUUCCCUAAACUCCUACUCCAUCAUCAACCCUGAUGAGGAGUGCUUUCAAGACAGAAGUCCCAGGUAAAUUGUGGGAAGAUGGGAGAAACGGGCCCCUUCUUCCAAAGCUUGAUUUGAAAGCAAAGCCGUUUCUGAUGUCUUCCAGUGGUCAGACUACAUUGCCGGGUAGCUCCUGGUGACUUGACUUUGGGGGGGGGGGGUAAUGCUGGAAAAAGGCCAUGCCCAAGGUGGAAACAGGAUUUGCAGGGACACCCCUUUGCAGGGUGGGAGUUUAGAGAAGCCCAUGCAUUCCACUUAGCUGCAAUUUGACCAAUGUGCUCCGAGCCUGAUAACGAUUUUCCACCGUAAGGGAUUUGAGCCACAGUCAAGUGUCAGAGAUGUCAGAUUGAUUUUCUGCAACAGCAGGGAGGAAUCCUUGAAGGGUGAAGGGAGCCCCUGCAGGAAAAACGUGCCACUGCAGAUGCAUGCACUUUUGCAGAUGCUGACUGCAGCCAGGAAAUCAGAAGACGCUUUAAUCCUUGGGAGAAGAGC